CUAAGCAUUACCAAAUGUGCGGCGUGUACGUUUGUUUUCAAUUUUGUUUACUGCGCAGGCUAAGAUUUACUUUUCACAACUGUUGGGUGUAACACCUAGAGUACAAUUUUUUUAUCUAAUCGCGCAGCUUGAUAUUAUAAUGCAGCGCGUGUGUUUGAAUUUCUGUACCGAAAUGCAAUUUGGCCGUUUGCUGUGUUGUUUGGUGCUUUGCUCGACCCCGGUCGCCGCUGAAGUAUCGAUCGGGAAACGCGUGGCCGGAAUGAAAAAACUGCUGGCAAGACCGGGAUGGAUACGCCAGGAUCGUCUGGAGCUCAUAGGCGGUGAUAGAAUAUACCGAGACUUAAACCGUGUGUUCGCUUGCAAGGGCAGCACCGUGAACCGGUGGAACGUGGACGGUGUAAUUCGGCACGUACACCAUUAUUUGGGCUGUGUUUACGGUAAGGUGCUGAAUGCGUUUUUCGAUUACCACACAGGCAUCGGGCUUCUGUGCAGGAGACUGGCCGACGAUCGUGCCGCUGAACUGUUGGGUUGUCUGGAGCGUUAUCUACGGACAAUCGGCAACGGCGACCCGUUGGUGUUGCGCAUGAGAGGAGCGUUUCAAUAUCUUCACCAGUUGUCGCCGCGUAUGGAGUUCAAGACGCAAGUGCCAACAAUUCUGGAUAACUACAAACGUUUCUACGACGGCAAAGUUUUCCAAAGAACGUUGUUCGUCUUGGCUGAUGAUGGCACAGUUAACGUGCCCGCGGUCCUCGACGAGUUCAAGGCUUUCGAGGACGUCUUGAAUUCCGCCAAAACCGACUUGGGCGCGUUCCACCUCAGUCAUUGCAGGGUGCUGAGCAACUGCGAAUAUAACAUUGUGGCCAUUUCCAUUUGUCCGUUGAUCAUAGGGAGUCUUUGCGAUGCCAGUAAUUUCACCACCGAACGAGCUAUAAGUCGCAUGGACGAUAAUUUAGCAACAAUUGUCGAAUAUUUUAUUUUGAAAAAUUACCAGGAUCUUGGGUUUACGUUUAAUCCUGAAACGAGCGCUACGUCUGUAGCCUAAACAACAACUGGCCAGCAGCUGUCGUCGAGAGAUGCCACUGUGUAAGACUACUACUAAUUUAACGGAUCAACAUCAGAUUAUACCUACUUGCCAUACAAACAUAAUAUACAUUACGACUUAAGAGGACGCCUCAAAUGUGUUUUUCAGAAAUAAAGUCAUCCAUAAUUUUUAUAAAAAUGUAUUUUUUCAUUCAUCACAAUUAUCUUGUUACUUUGAAGGGUACUUUUGUUUUGCUGGAAAAUAUUUAGAUAAAAUAA